AUGGCAUUUCCCCAUAAAGCUUUAAAUGAGUCAACUCAUACAACUAUCAAUUUUUAUUUAAACGGAAAUGAAUUCAAUGAUAAUUUUAACAAAACAGCGGCUCUUAUCCAAGCUAAUCAAGAUGUCAAUCAAGUCAUACUCAAUCUCUCAUUAGGUCUAUUUUUCUUGGGCCUCAUUAUAUCCAGUAUCAUAACCAUCUUUUGCAUACUCAAAAGGAAAAGGGAAAUGCAAAAUUUAGCCGCGAAAUUAUUUCCUAGUGGAUCUAAAAAUUUGAGUCCCAACGUCCAGAAAUCUGGCAAAAACGUUAACCCAAAUAAUAUACUAAGCACCGAAGCAUCGAUGCAGGCUAAAGUUAAGAGUAGAGAAGAACUGAUAAUGGAUAUAAUUGAUGAUAUGCCAGAAGAUCUAAAAAUUGCCCCUGAUGCAUAUGAAAAUAGUUGGAUGAGAAAGGGUUACGAUUAUGCAAUCCUAGAUCAACAACAAAACAGUCCUAUGAACCAACAAAUUAGACCCCAGGGACUCGUUAACCAAAAAGAGCAUAAUUCUGUCCACGAUCCGCUAUUAAAUAAAUAUCCAAAUAAACUCGAAAAUAUUAAUGCCUCGCCUAUACCUAUCGUUCCCGUUACAACUCAUUCUAAAAAAUCGGAAGCGAUUGAGAAGUUUCUAGCUCUCACAAGUACUAAUAUGCAUCAAAAAGAUACCCAUAAAAUGGCCAUUCCACCAUCUAUGCCACCCGGAGAAGAUCAACAACAAUACGCAUAUUAUUAUGGAGAAGAGUAGAAAUUAUUUUUUUAAUAGAUGUAAGAAGAUUUUUUUAAAUUGGUUAUA